UGUAUUGGUUUUCUUGUUGAAGUUGACCCUGAGGAUCUUCUGAAGCAAUGGCGAAUGAUCGUCUGACCCGUUCUCACUCUCUCCGCGAGAGGCUUGAUGAAACUCUCACUGGUCAUAGGAAUGAAAUUGUGGCUCUUCUGUCAAGGAUUGAAGCCAAGGGCAAGGGAAUCCUGCAACACCAUCAGGUCAUUGCUGAGUUUGAAGAGAUCCCUGAAGAGAAUAGGAAAAAACUACUUGAUGGGGCCUUUGGUGAAGUUUUAAGAUCUACCCAGGAAGCUAUAGUGUUGCCACCGUUUGUUGCUCUGGCAGUUCGUCCUAGGCCUGGUGUUUGGGAGUAUCUGCGAGUGGAUGUGCACGCGCUUGUUGUUGAUGAACUGAGUGCUGCUGAGUUUCUGCGCUUCAAGGAGGAACUUGUUGAGGGAAGUUCUAAUGGAAACUUCGUGCUUGAGUUGGACUUUGAACCAUUUAAUGCAUCCUUUCCCCGACCAACUCUUAACAAGUCAAUUGGUAAUGGCGUUGAGUUCCUCAACCGCCAUCUUUCCGCUAAGCUCUUCCAUGACAAGGAGAGCAUGCAACCACUGCUUGAAUUCCUCAGGCUUCACAGCUACAAUGGAAAGACUAUGAUGUUGAAUGACAGAAUUCAAAACCUGAAUUCUCUCCAAGAUGUUUUGAGAAAAGCAGAAGAUUACCUGGUCACAAUUGCUCCCGAAACACCCUACUCAGAAUUUGAACACAAAUUCCAGGAGAUUGGUUUGGAGAGAGGGUGGGGUGACACUGCUGAGCGUGUCCUCGAGAUGAUUCAGCUUCUCUUGGAUCUUCUUGAGGCACCUGACCCUUGCACCCUUGAGACAUUCCUUGGAAGAAUCCCUAUGGUCUUUAAUGUUGUUAUCCUUUCACCACAUGGUUACUUUGCCCAAGAUAAUGUCUUGGGAUACCCUGAUACUGGUGGACAGGUUGUUUACAUCUUGGAUCAAGUUCGUGCCUUGGAGAAUGAGAUGCUCAGUCGCAUCAAGAAACAAGGCUUGGAUAUCACCCCUCGUAUUCUCAUUCUCACCCGUCUUCUCCCUGAUGCGGUAGGAACUACUUGUGGCCAACGUCUUGAAAAGGUAUUUGGUACUGAAUAUUGCCACAUUCUUCGAGUUCCCUUUAGAACAGAGAAGGGAAUUGUUCGCAAAUGGAUUUCAAGAUUCGAAGUCUGGCCCUACCUAGAGACUUACACCGAGGAUGUUGCUCAUGAACUUGCCAAAGAGUUGCAAGGCAAGCCAGAUCUGAUUGUUGGAAACUACAGUGAUGGAAACAUCGUUGCCUCUUUGUUAGCACAUAAAUUAGGCGUAACUCAGUGUACCAUUGCUCAUGCACUUGAGAAGACCAAAUAUCCUGAGUCUGACAUUUACUGGAAAAAAUUUGAAGAAAAAUAUCACUUCUCAUGCCAAUUCACUGCGGAUCUUUUUGCAAUGAACCACACAGACUUUAUUAUCACCAGUACCUUCCAAGAGAUUGCUGGAAGCAAGGAUACUGUUGGACAGUAUGAGAGUCACACUGCUUUCACCCUUCCAGGACUUUACCGUGUUGUUCACGGUAUCGAUGUCUUUGAUCCAAAGUUCAACAUUGUCUCUCCCGGAGCUGAUAUGGACAUUUACUUCCCAUACACUGAAACUAAGCGUAGAUUGACAUCCUUCCACCCUGAGAUUGAAGAGCUUCUAUACAGCUCAGUGGAGAAUGAGGAGCACAUAUGUGUAUUGAAGGACCGCAACAAGCCAAUCAUCUUCACCAUGGCAAGGUUGGACCGUGUGAAGAACAUUUCAGGGCUUGUUGAGUGGUACGGCAAGAAUGCCCGGCUCCGGGAGCUGGUAAACCUUGUUGUUGUUGCCGGAGAUAGGAGGAAGGAGUCGAAGGACUUGGAAGAGAAAGCUGAGAUGAAGAAGAUGUAUGGUCUCAUUGAGACCUACAAGUUGAAUGGGCAAUUCAGAUGGAUUUCCUCUCAGAUGAACCGAGUAAGGAAUGGGGAGCUGUACCGUGUGAUUUGUGACACAAAGGGUGCUUUUGUUCAGCCUGCUAUUUAUGAAGCUUUUGGUUUAACUGUUGUUGAGGCCAUGACUUGUGGGUUGCCAACAUUUGCAACCUGCAAUGGUGGUCCUGCUGAGAUCAUUGUGCAUGGAACAUCUGGAUACCACAUUGAUCCCUACCAUGGUGACCGUGCUGCUGAGAUCCUUGUUGACUUCUUUGAGAAGAGCAAGGCAGACCCAUCUCACUGGGACAAAAUCUCACAUGGAGGUCUGAAGCGUAUUCAUGAGAAGUACACAUGGCAAAUUUAUUCUGAUAGGCUUCUGACUCUCACUGGUGUCUAUGGCUUCUGGAAGCAUGUGACCAACCUUGAUCGCCGUGAGAGCAAACGCUAUCUGGAGAUGUUCUAUGCCCUCAAGUACCGCAAAUUGGCUGAGUCUGUGCCCCUUGCUGUUGAGGAGUAAAUUCAAGGCCGAAGAGUAAAGAGAUGGAGGAACCGACUUUUGGUGUUUUAGAGUCUUGUGGAGUUUUCAUAAAUAAUGCCAUUGAUUUCUAUAUUGUCAUUAGGUUUUGGAUUAAAAAAAAAAAAAAAAAAAAGUAAAAAACAAGGUGUCUCCUUUUGUUGUUUUUUGCGUUAUUGGAUCUGUUUGGAAAUCUUUAAGUUUCUUCAAUUCAAUUUGGGCUUUUACUGGUCCACUUUUCCCC